UGUGAGUCGACGUACUCUGUAACUCUGUGCCGCCGGCAAAUGGCAGAGCCAAGGUGAGACUUUCCUAUAAGACUCCGAUCUGAGAUGCAUACGUCCAUCGCAGCGUGCAGCAUCCCCUUCCUCUGUCAAGGCAGCCAUCCGUUCCGGACUGCCACCACCACCAUAAGAAUGGCAGUAUUGGAAUCAUCCGCUGCUAACCUUACCCUGUCAAUGGUGGCAGAGCCGGAGGCGGCCGUGCAAGUUUCCAGUCCGCUCUUGCCGCCUUGCCGCCACCCGCUUCUUGAUGUGGGCUUCGUUGAGCUGCUUCUGGCCUUUCUUGCCUUCCUGGUACUCUUCCGCUACUCCCUCAAGCAGCAGCAGAAGCUGCGUGGCUUGCCGGCCUGGCCCCUGCUUGGAAUGCUCCCUUCCCUGAUCCUUGGAUUGCGAGGGGAUGUUUAUGAGUGGGUCUCCGACGUGAUCAUCAGGCGGGGAGGAACCUUCACCUUUAACGGCCCAUGGUUUACAAAUCUGAACUGCGUGAUUACGGGGGACCCGCGGAACGUGGAGUACCUGCUGAAGACCAGGUUUUCUAGCUUCCCCAAGGGCGACUAUUUCCGUGACGUGCUCCGGGAUUUCCUCGGCGACGGCAUCUUCAACGCCGACGGCGCCCUCUGGCGCAGCCAGAAGAAGACCGUCAGCAUGGCCUUUCACUCCGCCAACUUCCGGAAGAUCACUGCCUCCAUUGUCGGCGACCUCUUCAGCUCGCGCCUCCUCCCUUUGCUGGAUGCUUACGCCAACAACGAUGUCGCCUUCGACCUCCAGGACGUCCUGCUCCGCUUGACGUUGGACAACGUCUGCAUGAUGGCCCUCAGCGUCGACCUGGGCAGCCUAAAGCCGAGCUUGCCGGCGAUCCCCUUCUCCAGGUCCUUCGAGGACGCCACGGAGAUGUCCACUCUCCGGUUCCUCAUGCCAACAGCAGUCUGGAAGAUGAUGCGGUUCUUCGACCUCGGGCCGGAGAGGAGGUUGAGGCGGUCGGUCCGGCAGGUCCAGGAGUUUGUCGCCGGCGUCAUAGCUGCAAGGAAGAAGGAACUUUCCCGGGGAGAGGGCGCCGAAAGAACGGACCUCGUCAGCAUCUUCAUGAGAGCCAGAGAUGAAGACGGCCAGCCUCACUCGGACGAGUUUCUAAGGGACAUGUGCAUCAGCUUCAUCCUGGCCGGGCGGGACACGUCCUCGGUGGCGCUAUCAUGGUUCUUCUGGUUGCUGGGCCAGAACCCGGCGGUCGAGGAGAGGAUAGUGGCGGAGAUUCAUUGGGUAGUCGGGGAGAGGCGUUCUUCGUUCGGCAGGGAGGAGGAUGAGGUGGGCGGUCAGGUAGUAGGAGUGGAGGAUGUGAGGAAGAUGCAUUACCUGCAUGCGGCCAUCACAGAGACGCUGAGGCUGUAUCCUCCCGUCUCCAUCGAUCAUAAGGAAGUCAUUGAAGAUGAGGUCUUUCCAGACGGUACUUCCCUGAAGAAAGGGACCAAAGUUUUAUAUUGCGCAUAUGCAAUGGGGAGGAUGGAGAGCAUAUGGGGCAAAGACUGUAGGCAGUUCAAACCAGAGAGAUGGAUCCAAGAUGGCCAGUUUACGAGCGAACCGGCUUACAAGUUUCCUGCCUUUAAUGGCGGCCCCCGGCUUUGUCUUGGGAAGGAUUUCUCUUACUUCCAAAUGAAGCUGAUAGCUGCUAAUAUCAUAUCCCGGUUCCACGUACAAAUUGUCCCGGGACAUCCAGUCUUGCCAAAGCUCGCCUUGACCAUUUACAUGAAACAUGGUCUGAAAGUUGUUCUUCACAAGAGGGAAGCAUAUAAAAUGGUACCAUGAGAACCGAGCCACUUGCAGUUAUGCGUCAAAAGCUUAAAUUUUGUGCCUGGUUACAACGAGAUGCUCUCGUCACAACCCUCAACUAUAUAUAAAUAUAAUCAUGUUCUUUGUUCUUCUUUUGCGUGCUUUUUUUACUCGGGUGAUGUUUUUCUAUCUAAUCAUGUUCCUUUUGUAUUUGUCCUUUCCUCGGCACCAGUGUUGAUGUUUUACCUAUCUAA